AUGAAGAAGAUCAACUGGGACACUGUCCGGACCGCAGUGGCAUUUUUCCUGCUUGGUCUCUGCAAUAAUUACGGGUAUGUUAUCAUGCUGAGCGCCGCCGAGGAUAUACUGAGUCAACAACACGGAAAGAACAAAACAACGACAAUAGACGCCUGCAUGCCCAACAUCACUGUCCGAGAAUGCAAACCACCAGUAGCUGAAGUUCUUGUUUCUGACAACUUGCCAAGUUUACUUGUCAAACUCUCCUUCCCAUUCUUCAUGGACAGAUUCCCAUUCGGGCUCCGAGUGGCAGUUGUUUGUAUGUUGCAAGCUGCUUCGUACUUUGUUGUCGCCUUCUCUGUCUCCAUUCCGAUGUCACUAGCUGGAGUGGUUCUUGUUAGUUUGGGUGGUGGGUUGGGAGAGAUUACGUUUCUGGGACUGUCCGCGCAUUAUCAGAGAAUCGCUAUUGCUGGAUGGUCCUCUGGAACUGGAAUGGCUGGAUUGCUAGGUUCAUUCUCUUAUGCCUUCCUCACAGAACCUCAUAUGGCGAAUUUGACACCAAAAGUUGCACUUCUGAUACAACUCUUCAUUCCAGUUCUAUUUGCUUUUGCCUACUUCAUACUUUUAGAGAAGCCCGAAUCGGUAUACUCUCCUUCGCUGAGUCCGAAGACGUGGAUAGUGCCGAAGGGGUAUGAUGACUUUGUUGUCAGUGAACAUAGAGUCCCUCAACGACAACUAACCCCAUGGGAAAGGGUUCAGCUAAUUGUGCCUAUGCUUCAUCUGAUGAUCCCCUUGGCAUUUGUCUACGUCGGAGAGUAUAUGAUAAAUCAAGGAAUGACCCAACAGAUUGUGUUUGACUGCAAACACGGAUUCAAUCUCUCCCUACACAGUCAGUACAGAUGGUAUCAAGUACUUUAUCAAUUCGGAGUUUUCGCAUCCAGAUCAUCUAUCAAGUUGAUAGAGCUUCCAAUGUGGGUGCUCUAUUUGUUACCUAUCCUUCAGUUAUCAAACAUGUUAUUCUUCUUUUUUGACGCUCUUUACUGGUUUGUUCCACAUAUCGGCAUAAUUUUCGCGUUGAUCGUUUUCGAAGGGUUAUUUGGAGGAUCUUCGUAUGUCAACACUUUCCACAAAAUUCAUAAUAAGGUCGCACCGGAUGUUCGGGAAUAUUGUCUUUCGGCUGCUUCCAUGGGAGACAGUAUCGGUGUAAACUUUGCGGCUGGAGUAUCCAUACCACUCCACUAUUGGAUGUGUGGACGACCGGCACCUCGGUGA